GGAUGCGGGGGCGGGCCCAGCCUCUCUAGGAGGCGGGCGGCUCCGCCCAUCUCAGGCUCGCCGGGCCUGCCCCUCUUGGCCCGCAGAGGCUCACUACUGGCAAGGGGGCGGUGCCGGAGCCGCGUGGUGUCUGAGGACCAGGGUCCAGAGUUUGGAGGGACAUUUCAGCCCUCACAGGACCGUGGUGCUUCUCCGUCAUCUUGUCGUAGCACUCUUACCUGUGACAGCAUCGUAGUUUUCGGGUUUUGCGCCUAGAGUGAUGUAACAUGCCAUUCUGACGUCAUUUCUUAUCCUAUGACGUAUCAUGGAGGCUGUGGGCCUCCGGAAGCCUCAUUGACUCUCUUGGUCCUCUUACACCCGCAGAAUGGCCUCGCCCCUCGGGGGCAAGCCGUCUACUCCACGGGUGGAGACUGCCCACUACAAGGAGACGUCGACAAUCCGCGUGGAGACAUCGUCCCAUCGCGUGGAGACAUCCUCUCUAGAGGUGCGAACGUCUUCCCGGCAGGUGGAGACCUCCCACUCCCCCUCUGGAAAGCAAUUUCCUCGUGUCCUUGAUGUUUCCUCCCAACACGUGGAAAGCGCCUCACAGCGCAAAGAAACGUCGUCCCGCCACGUCAGGAUCUCGUCUCUGCAAGUGGAGACAUCUCUGCAACGUGCAGAGAGCCCGCCAGGCGGGACAAGAAGGCCUCGUGCCAGAACGUAAAACUGGCCUGAUGAAAUGCUUCCCAAGGGUCGUGGCCCUUAGCCAGGUCAGAAUUGUUUCCAUUUUCCAGCUAGCCAGCUGUCAGGAGGACCAAUCAUAUUUCGUUUCAUGGAAACAGCCCAUAAAUCAAUGUAAGAAAUAGCCAAGCUGCGGUUUCUGGAUUCAGCCAACAUUUAUUGACCAUGGUGCACCUUGGAUCAUUCCGCUUUUGACACAGUGAACUAUUUAACUUGAAGCCAGCAUAAAAGGUUUUCAGGCCCGUGAUACUGUGUAAAGUGAGUUGAUGGACAGAGAGGCUGUUUGAAACUCUGAGCCAGUUACCUAGAAGACUUGUUUGAACAUGACUCUGAAAAAGACAAAACACCUGAUUUCUGGAUGAUUGAUUCUCCAGGAAGGACACAGGAUCCUGGUAGUCUCUUCCUGCAAUCUUUGUUUCAUAAGAGGUUUUGUUUUGUUUUUUUCUUCUUUUUUUUUUUUUUUUUUUUU